GGGAGAAAUACGUAAUUAUUUCGAAAUAGACAGUGAGGGAUAAAAGGAGAAAGCAAAGAAAGUAAGAGAAGGUUGUGACAAGCCAUUGUCUUCCUUCAGUCAAAGCUUUACGGAGGUUAGUGAUCAAUUAGGGCUUUGAUGGAUAGUCUAGUAGAUGCAUUGAACAGUGCAUAUCAAGACUUUGUUGCAGCAUCAGCUGUUGUACUUGAAUCAAAGGAGAGUUCAAAUGGUCAGAAAACAGCAGCAACUGAUGCUGCAUUAGAAAACUUUAAGCAAAGAUGGGAGUUGUUCAGGGUUGCUUGUGAUCAGGCAGAAGAGUUUGUGGAGUCGGUUAAGCAAAGAAUUGGCUCCGAGUGUCUUGUGGAUGAGGCUACUGGCACUGUUUCAGGGAAACCUGGGCAGUCAGCUGCAGGUGGCCUUCAACCCAUUAGUGCUGUUAGGUUGGAGCAGAUGAGUAAAGCUGUCAGAUGGCUAGUGAUAGAGCUGCAGCAUGGUUCUGGAGCGAGUAGUGCUUCAGCAGUACAUCCCAAUCCUUCUGCUCCAUUUGAUGCCAGAUUUUCUGAAGAUGCAGCUCAAUAGGUAACUAUAAAGUCUGGUGAUCAGCAGGGAGAGACGGAAAAUCUUCUGUGCCUCAGGAAUCUGCUAAAGUUGUACGUUUGAUGUAUGGUCAUGUUGUAAUGAUCUUGAAGAAAUGCUUGGAUGAGAUUUCUCAACCACCUUUACCUCCUCCCCCCUCCCUCCCCGUCUUAUGAGAAGAUCUGGCGAGUUUAUGUUUGUAUUUUCAAGGCUCAGAGAUUUACUUUUAUCACAGUAUGAGCAUUGUUAGCGUUAUGUUGAUCUCAAAUCCAUGUUCCCCUAUGUGUAAGCAUACAACAUAUACAAAUCUGGCUGUAUUUUUGUGUCUGCUAUGUAUAACUAUGUUCUCAAGCA